AUGUCCUCGCCUGUCUCACCAACUUUAAACGAUAACUGCUGCAUUGUUGUUCUCGGUGCUUCCGGCGAUCUUGCAUUCAAAAAGACAUAUCCUGCUCUUUUUGGUCUUUUCCGUAAUGGGUUUCUUCCUCACAACUUCCAAAUCGUAGGGUAUGCUCGCUCCGAUCUUCAGCUGGAUGAGUUCAAGCUUAGAAUCUCGUCCAAAAUCAAAUUUCACAAUGAACAGGACAAGGCUCUUUUGUCCACCUUUUUUGAAAAAUGCUUCUAUGUUUCGGGCAAAUACGACCAAGAUGAUUCCUACAAAAAGCUCUGUACUUUUGUAGAGAAAGUCGAGGGUGUUAUCCCUGGCAAGCGUGAUCGUAUCUUUUACAUGGCACUUCCUCCAUCCGUGUUUAGUGCUGCCGCAAAGGGACUCAAGGAGCACGUAUAUACAAAGGAUGGAUGCAAUCGUUUGAUUGUUGAAAAACCAUUUGGAAAAGACUCUCAAAGCUCGCUUGAUUUGUCCGUAUUUCUGGCAAAGUAUUGGCAGGAGGAUGAAAUCUACCGUAUUGAUCAUUAUCUUGGAAAAGAAAUGGUCAAAGAUCUCAUGGUUCUGAGAUUUGCCAAUGUUUUUUUUGGUGCAGUUUGGAGCCGCUCUCACAUUCACAAUGUACAAAUCACUUUCAAGGAACCAAUUGGAACCGAGGGUCGUGGCGGUUACUUUGACGAGUUUGGUAUCAUCCGAGAUAUUAUGCAGAAUCAUUUACUACAAAUUCUUACCAUUGUGGCAAUGGAAAAACCCAUCUCUCUUAACGCUGAGGAUGUACGUGACGAAAAAGUCAAGGUACUGCGUGCCAUCAAACCACUUUCAAUCAAUGACAUGAUUCUUGGUCAAUAUACAAAAAGCGCUGAUGGAAAAACACCUGGAUAUCUGGAAGAUCCUACUGUUCCAAAAGGCUCGGUUACCCCUACCUUUGCUGCGGGUGUAUUUUAUAUUCACAAUGAGCGUUGGGAAGGUGUCCCAUUUAUUCUUAAAAGUGGAAAGGCUCUGGAUGAACAAAAGACUGAAAUCCGUAUUCAGUUCAAGGACGUUCCAGGAAACAUUUAUGCUGAGACUUCUCGUAACGAGCUUGUUAUUCGUGUUCAACCUCACGAGGCUGUUUAUAUGAAAUUUAUGAAAAAGCAACCAGGUCUUUCCAACACCCCUAUUAUUUCCGAGCUGGAUAUGUCCUAUAACAAGCGAUAUAGUGACAUAAAAAUUCCUGACGCAUACGAGUCAUUGAUUUUGGAUGCUCUGAAUGGAGACAAGUCUAAUUUUGUAAGAGAUGAUGAGCUGAAUGCAGCCUGGAAGAUCUUUACUCCACUACUACAUGAGAUUGAGAAAAGCAAGGUACAGCCUGAACCGUAUACAUUUGGUACUCGUGGGCCUGCAGGCUUGAAUACGUUUGUGGAAAAGCUUGGAUAUGCUCGUAACUUGGAUUACAGCUGGGGCCCUUCAAAGAUCUGAAUCAUUGGGCGGUUGGACGCUCAUUUGCUUUUACUCGAUGAUAUCCACAUUCACAAUAAAUGUGCAAGUUGAUGUGUGCUUUUUC